UGACAGUCUGACAAACUAUGCAAACCAUGUAUCCCAUCACGCCUGUGACAGCGUUUGUCAACAUCAUUCAAAUCAAGACACUCCAAAAUGGCGGAUCGUGAAGAGGAACCAGAGAAUGAGGACACAUAUGAGGUGGUCGACCUGACACAAUAUGCCAGGCGUCAACAAUGGUGGGGCUGCCUAUUUGGUGAGAACAAUUCGGGUCCUAUGGCUGAGAAGUAUUCGGUGGCCACACAAAUAGCAUUGGGUGGUGUGAGCGGCUGGUGUGCGGGAUAUCUUUUCCAGAAGGUGGGGAAGAUCGCAGCCACCGCUGUGGGUGGAGGAUUCCUGUUAUUACAGAUAGCCAACCACAGUGGCUAUGUGCAGGUGGACUGGAAGAGAGUGGAGAAGGAUGUCAACAAAGCCAAGAGGCACCUGAAGAAGAAAGCCGACAGGGCUGUACCAGAGCUCAACUCUUUUAUCGACCAGUCCACAGAGUUUGUGAAGACAAACAUUAUCGUCACCAGUGGAUUCUUUGGAGGCUUCUUGCUUGGGCUGGCAUCCUAAGAACACAACAGGGGCCUGCAGUUUUAUAUAGAAAUCACUUGAGAGGUCUGGCUGUGAUGUGAAGUGCCCUUUUAAAAACGUGGUGGGAACAACAAGAACAGAUGCACAGCACAAUAUAUCAAAUUGAGCCAAUUACACAACCCGCAAAAAGGUACCGCAGUUGUAAAUACUCUGUAAUGUGUACUUACUGUACUGUUUCACAAUACCUACCUGUCUAUCUACCAUGUAAUUGCAUGGUUUUAGCACCACCUGAUAGAAACUGGAAUCAAGAUUUCAAGAUUUCCUGCUGCUCCACCAUAUAAACAAAACCGUGUUUCUAGCUAGGCUUUAGCCCCCAACUCAAGGCAAUCGGGUACAACCCAAAAGGAACUAGCCAGUGGGUCCUGUGAAAAACGCUGAUCUACAAAACAGUUAUUAAUCAAAACGCGAUAAGAGCACACAGGUGUUGCGACCCUGUAGAUGGGAUCCAGUGUUCCUGGCUCACUCUGAUUCAUAUAUUCAUCAUAUGAACAGACAGAAACAUACUCACUUCCAAUGGCUUUGAGCUGGUGCUGGAGAUGGACGUAUGUACUUAUGUAAAAAGGAUAGAAAGAUGCAAAACACUGCGAUUGAUGCUGUAUUUAUUCAGAUCGACUGUGUGGUCUUCAUCAGAACUUCAUGCCUGUGUACAGUAUAUGCACAGUGUACUGUUGCACUUGUUACACAUACACACCUAAUUGGGCUGCAAUGCGGGAACUUAUUGAUUACAUUUGGGUCUAGUUCUUUGGAGUGUUUUCUGGUCAAUAUAGUCCUAUACCGCAAGUAUACCGAAGUCAUGCAGUGCACCAUGUUUGUACAACAUAUGCCAUUUUCAUUCAUUGUAUGAGUUAAUACUUCAAUCACAUUAUAUUUAUUGAUUUAGGAUUACCAUGACUAUCUUUCUUUUGCCUUUACGAGCGGUGCAGUAUUUGCUUGGAGGUAAUUUAGCCUCUUUUGUGUUUUCUCUUUCACAUGAAAGAAAUGUACCUUUGUUAUUGAGUUACAAUGCUGCUGUAGUUUGUGUAUAUAUUCUUAAUAUAAAAGACCAAAAGCAACCAACAAUCAUGGCUUUCUUUCUUUAUUUCAAAUGAAAGACUAGGCCUACGUCUGUGUCGAGUUUAGCUUUAAAAAACAGAUUAAAAACAUUGUAUCACAGCGCCUCUACUAUUUCUAAAGAUCUAAUUUACCUGUACUGUCUAUAUGAAUAUGAAUAUGUAUGUAUAGUGUGUAAAUUAUAUUUUUGUUGUCUCUUGGUGUCUCCUAAAUAUAACUUAUUUUUUAUUUAGUGUAAUGUAUUUAAUGUAAUAUCUUAUAUUGUUAUUGUCUAUUACUGUUCUGUACUUUGUCAUGUAUUUGAAUGUUUUAUGUGGACUCCAGGAAGAGUGCAGUAGCUAAUAGGGACCCUAAUAAACUAAACUUCCUACAGUA